CAGCCUUUGCCGGCCCGAGCUGUUCCAGUGAAGUUUCCGAUGUAAAUCGCCAGCUGGGACCACUGUCGAUUUCUUGUUCAUUGGAUUUGUACUUUACAGUUGAAGCCCUCAUCAUCCACAAUGGCAAGGUAGAAUUUUGAGGUCAUUUAUGGAAGAACGCGGGGAGAAUACAAUGUAAAGUUGGAUCUGACCCGGUCUUCCCUAAAUUAUCUCCCUACCCUGCAGCUUCAAAGAAAGUCGCCAUCGUUUUUUCAAUCUAUCAACCCUCAAACCUUCGUUGUUUCCUUUGGAAGAAUCCUAGACCCUCUCACUUGGCACCGAUGGCCACUCCUUCCUCGAAUUUCCUGCUCGCCUUCUAUAUAACCAUCCUUCAGCCCCCUUCUCUGCUCUUCAAUCCCAUCUACGAAAGUUUCAAUCUUUUAACUCCAUUCAAAUGGCCGGACAAGGUUUCGAAUUCGAGGAUUUCCUCCCCAUCAUCGCGGAGAAGUUAGGUGAGGAUGGUUUGAUUGCGGAGCUUUGCAACGGUUUUCGUCUUCUGAUGGAUCCUGCGAGGGGGCUUAUCACCUUCGACAGCCUUAAGAGGAAUGCAGCUUUUCUAGGGCUUAACGGAAUGCGUGAUGAUGAGCUUAGGGGGAUGCUGAUGGAAGGAGACCUUGACGGCGACGGUGCGCUCAGCGAGAUGGAGUUUUGUGCGCUCAUGGUGCGGCUUAGCCCGGAGCUCAUGGAGGAGUCUUGGCGAUUGGUGGAUGAGGCGCUCCAGCAAAGAGUUAGAUCUCCUUAAGAUUUGUUUUAGUUUGUGGCUUUCUUUUCGAAUCUGACAGGUUUAGAUUGGAUCGGAUGGGCUUUUUGUGAAUGUGGUCGAUUGGUGGUGUUGUUAUGACAUUUUUAUAACUGAUGGCGUUUUAGUUUUGAUGAUAUCUUUGACAUUCCUUUAGGAAAUUGUAUGGAAACUCGGUGAAACAGAAUGAUUAUGAAUAUAAUGCUUUAUGCUGGUUCUACA